AUGCCGCAUGAACUGUUAGGCCAACUGCAGAAUGUAAGUUGAAUGUAUAGGUAACAUCUUAUUUUAUUAUAAUUUUAUAAGCAUGAAUUUAAAUAAGUAAAUUGUUGAAAGGUAUGGUUUUGUAAUUUUAGGUAAGCAUACAAGAUAAUGCUGCGCAUGCGGCACAGCUGGAGAUGGUGCACAAGUAUUUGUUGGCAUUGAAUCACUUUCCAGAUUUGAAGGGUAAAUGUUUGAACAUACUGUCGAAUGGAGGAGAGGUAACACUUUUGCUUUGAUCUUGAUUUUCUUUUAGAAAAAAGUGCUGGAAUACCUCAAUUCUGCUGAAAAGUUGGACAAGCAAGCUGCGAUUGUGUUAACAGGUAAGUAACUUUUUAUUUUUAUAUUAUUCUUUAGUUUGCCUGAUCGAGGUCAAUGUGGGAGAAGAAACAGAUCGCGUACUUACUGUGGCCCAUGCUCUUUUGAAGACGAUGGAGUGUAAUGAUGACGUUGUUGUUGGGCUGGCUUCAAGAGCCUUCAUUUACCUUAUUCACGUGGGUUUUUUAAAAUUUUUAAAUCAUAAGUUAUUUAGAAUAUUUUGCUACUUUUAUUUCUUUCUUGACAUGAUUUAUAUUUUUAAUUACAACAAAUUUUGUAUUCUUAUUUUUUUAGACUUCAAAAGCCUACUCAUUGGAGAUGGUGGAUAUUGCCUUCUCGAAGUGUUCAGAUUGGUUUGACCCGGUGAAGAAAACCUGCAACAAAACAGCCGGCUCAUUUUUAUACAGGGAUUUAGCACUUUUCACAAGUACUCACUUUUUUCAAGCUGCCAGGAUUUUUUUCGAUCAUGUAUUUCAUGCUAUCAAGGAUCCAAAGGUAAUCCUCCCUUGAAUUUUUAGGUAUAAUAUGCUGGAUUUUUACUCAAUUUGUACGUAAAUGUUACAAAACAAAUAAGAAUUUUGUGCAUAUAGUAUUUUUUGUAGCAUUAGUCUAUUGGGCUAAAAGUUAUAGAAUUACAAAAUGAUGUUACAGAUAAAUGUUAGAAUGGCUGGAGCCAACGCUCUUCACGCUGCGUUAACGGUAACUUCUCAACGUGAGGCCAAACAGAAAAAUGACUGGUAUAUUGUAAGUGGAAAGUGCAUAAUUUACUAUAACAAACCAUAUUGCCUAUUACGCUUUUUUAUAUCUUUUCGUGUAUCAUUUACUGUAACUUCGCAUUCAGAGGCUGUUCGAAGAAGCAUGCAAAAAACCAGAUUCCUUGAGCAAAGAUGACUCCCUCCACGCUUCGUUGUUGUUGUUGAACGAACUGCUACGUGUAUCCAGUCAGAAGGCAGAGCAGCGUCGUCUUGAGAUCACUGGCCAUAGUUACUCUGAAUGUACCGCCACAGUUAUUGGCCAGAACCCGGUGACAUGGUUGUUCCAACAUGUCCACCAGCCUGCGGUCGAAAGUCAUACCGCCAGUGGAUUGGUGUCCGAGAAUUACUUCGGAGAAGCAAGUUUUCAUUCAAUUCUUACAAAUUUUUUAAUUUGAAUUAUUACUACUGUAACUUCAGUUACGGUACGCAGGUUGUACUUUUGUUUUAUAUAAAUGUUGUUUAGAUCAUAAAGAAGUGCAUGGAAGCGAUGAACACCAAGUCGAAGGAAUGUCAGUUGUUGUUGUUGGAGAUAUUCCCCCGAAUCGUGUGCUUCCAGACCUCCUAUGAUCUGCCACUUGAUCAGAUUGUAGAAUGGACUUUGUCUAUAACUACCAGAAUGCCUCAAGCGUUUCUAUCGUUUGGUCUGAUUUCUAUGGAACGACGAAUGGAGAUAAGUCCCAAGACUUCCAAAUUCAUUUCAAUGAUGGCGUUACAGAUGACACAAGUCGUUGCCAAGUAGGUUUUUGUCAUCGUAGAUUUAGGACUUAGUAUCAUCAUGUUUGUAUGACUUAUUACAAGUGGUAUGCUUAAAUGGUUGAUGUUUUAGGAAGAAGGCAGUGUCUGCCAACUACUUCAAAGCACUCUGUCUACUGGUCAGGUCCCAGAAGCAAAGUGUAGGUGAAGACAUCCGAAGGAAUCUGGCUUUGUUGUUGAACACAGGACUUUCUAAGAAUCUGACUGAGCUGUUUCACCAUGCCAUUGUCAAUAUCCCCAAGCUUAAACCUGACCUUUUGGACGGCUUAAUUGGCCAUUUGUAUCAGCUGUUGAUGGGGCUGUCACCUCCGAGCAAGCUGGCACCCCCAAUUGACCCGCCUCUACCAGGUGGACCAGUUUCUGUUCAUAAUGUUCCAUUAGUCGAACUGGCACUAGAAACUCUGGGAAGUUUUGACUUCCAACGUCAUACGCUUCAGAUGUUUAUACGAUACAUUGCAUUGGUAAGUUUAGAUAAUUUACGUUAAAGUUACGUAUUAAUUCUUAGUCUCGGUUAACGUAACUAUUCAUGGCUACUGUAACCUUAUUAUUUUACAGGGAUACUUGGUGUGUGAUGUCGUUGAAGUCAGACUGGCGGCAGCACGGUGUUGUAUACAGAUUGUGAAGCCAUUCAUCAAGGUUUUCGACGAAGUUGAAGGAGAAAAGAAGCUCAACGUUUACGGUUUGAUCAGAGGUGUAGUAGAUUGUCUGAUAAAGGCUACUGUAACAGACCCAGGUAAGUGAAUUGUAACAUUCGGUAACAUGACUUGUAGUUGUGCAAGUAAGAUUGGCAGUCCUGGAGUGCUUUUGUACGGUGGAGACAGACUUCUUGUAUCAUUUGUCACAGAAAGAGACCUUGUUGAGUUUGUUCAUGACCUUGUACGAUGAAGAUCUACGAGUUCAGGAGAAAGCGGUGGAGCUACUGGCCAUGUUGUCGAAUCUGAAUCCGGCAUUGAUCUUUCCAAAGCUGAGGAAGGUGGUGAAAGAGACCAUCUACAACCUCUCUGUCAGUGGAAUCAGCAAGAACGAAGUGCACGCUGCCAAGAUCGUAUGUCAACUGAGUCGCUGUGUAAGUUUUUAUUUGUUUCUGCUGUCAAUAUUGUAUCGGUUCGUUAUUGUAAAUUAUACAUUUAGGCUCCCAACUUUGUGAGUACGUUUAUGAACGCGUUGUUAAUGGCACUAGUGCCUCAUCUGAGAGUAGAUGGAAAGUCGGCGGAGGUCACGGUAAAUGUUCUGAAUGCCAUAAGUGAACUAGCCUUGAUUGGAGGUCUUGAUGUUGUGAGAGCGACUCCAAGACUCAUUCCUGCAUUUGUAUCGUAUCUUCAAGAUUCAACAAGUUUACAUCGGAGAGAGGUAUGUUAUCACUACAUUUUAUUAUAUUAUAGUACAUGUUUUCAAACUUUUUUUUACAAUUUUAUAUUGAUUGCGGUACGUGUUGUAGGCAGCCUUACGUGCUCUUGGUAACUUGUGUCAAAGCAGUGCAUACGUGGUUGAACCAUACAAAGAUCAUCCUCAGCUACUGGAUGUUCUUUUGAAGUUGUUGAAGACGGAGUUGAGUGCUUCGAUGAGACGAUUGACGAUGAAAGUUCUGGGUAUUGUAGGAGCUUUGGAUCCGUACACUCACAAAGUCUUCCUCGGGACGGUACACUCAUCUACCUCCAAAUCAUUGGCUUUGUCUCUUCCUUUACAUGCUGGAACUGGAAAGUAUAUGCCUGGUAAGUCAAGAUUUCUCUCCUUGCAACAAGGUAACUUCUAAACAAAUGUUCACUAAAUUGUAGUUUGUGAACUAUAAACCAACAAUUUCUUUUUUUUUCAGAAGAAGCCGACAUUAUCCAGUGGAUCAGUUACGAGAAAUGUACAUUAGAAGAGUUCUACCCCACCUUGGCCAUCUCAAGUUUAGUAAAGAUAUUCGACGAUUACUCAAUGAGUAACUUGUAUAAGGACGUAGUAAAUGUCCUGAUGACCUUAUUCCAUAAUCUCGGUAACCGGCUGGAUGAAUACGUAGACAAAGUCAUCCCCAAACUCAUCAAGAUCACUCAAGAGUGCAAAGCUGAACUCAGAGACUUCUUUCUGUCACAAUUCGCUCAACUGGCUGGAAUGCUGGGCCAGCAGAUCAAACCUUACAUUAAUGACAUUUUCGGCGUUAUCAAGGUAAUCUUAUACCAAAAGUUAUUGAGUAAAAAUGGACAAUUACUAAGCUUGACACUUGAUAUUACAGGUAGCAUGGCAAUGGGAUUUGCCACAACUGAAAGGCAAGGCCAUCUUCCUACUAGAACAAGUCGGCAAAGCCAUGGAACAUCACUUUAUGCCCUACAUUGGCGAUCUUUGUCCCUAUCUCUUAGCCGUAGUAGAGACUGAUAGCACCAAAGAAAGGACCCUGACAUUAAGCGCUUUGUCCUGUGUAAAGUCAUUAUCAAUGUGUCUGGGGACAUACAUCUACGUGGUACUUCCUCCUGUAUUAGAAGUGUUGGACAACAAAGCUGUACCAGAGAAGAUCAGAAUAUUCGCGGUAGAGACAGUGCUGGUUCUAGUUCGGGAUCACAACCUUGGCGAAAGAGCGACAGCUAUCAUGCAGACCUGGUUGAAGUGCAUAUCAGUGAGAUUCCUCCAAGAAAAACUCAUGACAUUGCUUUGCAUUGUCUUGGUUCAGGUAAAUCUUUCGUCUUUAGGCUACUUAGACAAUGUAAUUUUAGAUAGUAAUUUAUCCUCUGCUUACAGAUGUGGAGCCAAGCCCCAGUUUACCGUGAUUCCAUUGAACAAGCGUUGCGCAAAUAUAAGGUCGAUAGCCUUCUCAGAGCCGACUAUGAUGAACUCGUGAUUCAGAUGACCAAUUCCCCCAAGAAUCCGCCCAUCAACUACAUGUUGCCUCAGAUAGGUCGCAACUAUGGUGUAGGCAGCAAAUCCAUGCUCAGAAGCGGAUUCCGAUCACAAGAAGAAGCGGCCCAGAAAGCGAUCAGAGAUAACCCCAAGAGGUCAGUAGAACAUCUUAAGCGAUUCUGGAGUGCGCCUGUCGUCGUAACGAGGGAUGAGUGGCUACAGUGGCUGGCUACUUUGAGAACACAAAUGCUCAGAAGCAGUCCCAGUUUCGCGUUGAGAAUCUGUGCACCAUUGGCUGAAAUCAAUGAAGCAAUGGCAAAGUAAGAACGAAUUUACCAUAACUUUAAAGUACAUCCAGUUCAAAAACAUUACCUAUGUUGUAGGGAACUGUUUAACGCCGCCUUUAUGUCCAUUUGGACGGAACUCAGCGAAAGCGACCAAGAUGAAGUGACCGCCCAGUUUGUGGAUGUCAUUACAUUAUGUCCGUACUCUGAGCCAAUCCAAGCCAUCCUCAAUUUGGCCGAGUUUAUGGAUCAUUCUGAAAAAGUAAGUAGAAAAGGGUACUGUAUCACACGAUAGUUCUUGUAUGGGCAGUAAAAAAUAGGUCAAGGAUGCUGUAAUAAAACAAAAUAACUUUUAGGGACCUCUUCCAAUCAACUACAAUGUCUUAUGUAAUUGCGCAGAAACAACCAGAGCUUAUGCAAAGGCGUUACGGUACAAGGAGCUACACAUUAUGAGUUUAGAUGUCUCGACUCCGAAUGCCGAAGAUUGCCAGGCACUGAUUGGCUAUGCGAACAAGCUGAACCUUGAAGAAGCCGCAGUUGGAGUUGUGAAGCACGCAGAGAAAAGAAACAUGGACACAUCGGUAGGGAAACAAUUCUACGAUUGUCAAUGUUUAUUUUUUAAUUUAUACGAUAUUCUAAUUUAUUGUAAAACACGAUGGUUUAGGCCAAAUGGUACGAGAAACUAGGAGAAUGGGAGAAGGCAUUAAACUCACUAGACGAAGAAAAGAAGAAAGAAGUUGUUGAUAAAGAAGACAACCCGAAGUCAGCUGAAGAGAAAGACGAGAACACGCUCACCAGGAUGAAGUCACUCGAAGCCCUCGGGUUCUGGACUGAAUUAACAGAGUUUAGUGAAACGACGUUGGAGUCCUUAAAUGGAGACUUGAAGAAGUUACAGCCUGAACAACGGAGAAAGUUCAAUCAGAUGUCAGCCAGAGGGUGGUGGGCGCUUGGUAGGUGAAUAUAAAACUUCAUUUAUAAUGGCAUUGCAGGAAAAUAUGACAAAAUGGAGAGUUGUGUCACCAAGAUCAGCGAGAACUACCACGAUGGUGCCUUCUUGAGGGCGGUGUUACUCAUCAAACAGAACAAGUUCUCCGAAGCGUGUCAAUACAUUGUCAAGGUAGGUUCGUGAUGACGUAAAAAUUUAACGGUCUAAGUGUAGAAAUCAUGUAUUUUGAACAAUUCUCUUCAGGUACGAGAUAUGUUGGAUUCAGAACUCACAGCGUUGGCGUCCGAAAGCUACGAACGAGCGUACGGUGCUGUUCUGAUGGCACAACAACUGACCGAACUGGAAGAAGCCAUCGAGUAUAAGUUGAUACCAGAAAGACGCACCAGAAUCGCCAUUUUGUGGAGCAGACGGCUACAAGGAUGCAGGAGAAACGUGGAACAUUGGCAGCGAAUUCUGAUGGCACGCUCGUUGGUUCUGUCCCAGAACGAGCUCCGUCCCAUGUGGGUUAAGUUUGCGUCGUUGUGUCGCCGUGAAGGACGAAAUGCAACUUCCAGAAGAGUCUUCUGUUCUCUGCUUGACCAGCCUGAGAACAAAGCUUUGGACGAGAUCAAGAUCCCUCAUGAUAAGCCUUUCUUAUCACUGGCAUUAUGCAAACAAGUGUGGGCUGAUGGAAACAAAGACGUCGCCUACAAUAACGUCAAGGCUCUGGCUUCGAACAUGCGCAAAUUAAUCAUGGAGAACAGCAACAGAUUGUCCAAGGAAAACCUGGAGAAUGUGACCCACAUCACAGCCAGAUGCUACCUCAAGCUUGGCGAUUGGAACGCCGAACGUUUCCCGUCCUUCUCGAACGUCGUGCCAUCCAAACCAUCGAAGCAUCCACAUUCCCAACGGUAAUAUUACACUGGAUAUUAUGUGUAAUAUCAAAGUUACUAACCAGAUUCUAACUAAUAUUUUUAUUUUUAGUCUUGACAUUCCAAGUCCAUACUCUCACAACCCAGUCGAUGUUACGAGUUUUGAAAAAAGUACCAAAACCACUCUCGACCAUUACUUGAAUGCCACCCAAUUCUGUCCGAACUGGUACAAGGCGUGGCACAAGUUGGGCACCAUUUACUACAAUCUGGUGAUGACAGAGCGACAAUUAAUGUUCGGUUCUCCUGACAGUCUACACGUUUCAAAAGACGGGUCUCUUGACGAGUUCAGUCCGGCUUCUACAACGGCACCUAGGGGUUCGACAAGUCCAGUGGAUCGUAGAGUGCUCCUUCAGAAUCCCCAAGCAGUUACCAGUUAUGCCCUGAAGGCUGUACAGUGCUUCUUGAAGGCGAUUCAGCUAGCUGAAGGCAGCCGACUAGAAGAUACGUUGCGGUUGUUGAUGUUGUUGUUUGAUCACGGUGAUAAAAACGAAAUCUACGAACAGCUACGGGAUUCUUUGAAAAGUGUUCCUGUGGAAAUUUGGCUGGAAGUGGUUCCUCAACUGAUGUCAAGGAUGGAUUCCAAGAAGAAUGUUGGAUUGUUGGUCAAACAAGUUGUUAUCGACAUUGCCAAGGCUCAUCCUCAAGUAAGUUUUUAAUAUUAGCUUCUUCGCCUUUCAUAUGAAUACGGAUUCCAAAUGAACUAAUAAAAUCAACAUUUGCAGGCCAUUGUUUACGCGUUGACAGCGGCCAAGAAGUCCAAGAACAAGCAGCGACGAGAAGUUGCGAGCGAUAUCUUAAAAAUCAUUGCUGAAGAUCGACCGACUUUCAUCGACCAAGCAUGUCUACUCAACGACGAGCUGAUUCGAUGUGCCAUUUUGUGGCAUGAAAUGUGGCAUGGUACACUAGAAGAAGCUUCUAGACUCUACUUCCAAGAAAAAGACUUCAAGAUGAUGAUGGAAACGUUGAUUCCUCUACACGACACUGUCAAAGCCGGUCAUACCACGAUGAAAGAGGAAUCGUUCAAUCAGGUAAGAUAGCAUACAAUAUCAGUAUAACUUAAAUUAUUAGAUAAAGAGGUACCUAAAGUCAACCUGUCACCUACUUUAGACAUACUACAAAGAGCUGGAAGAAGCGCUAAACCAUUGUAUUGCUUUCCAACGUACUGGUAACCAGAAGGAAAUCACUCAAGCUUGGGACUUGUACUACAAGGUGUUCAAGAAGAUAUCCAGUCAGUUGAGACAAAUGACAGCGUUAGAAUUGAGCUACAUAUCUCCCAAGCUUCUGAAUGUUCACAACCUUGAACUGGCUAUCCCUGGAACAUACGAUCCGUCUAAUGAACUGGUCAAGAUAUCAUCGGUCUUACCUCAUUUGGAAGUCAUUAUGUCCAAACAAAGGCCAAGGAAGAUCUCUAUGAGAGGUUGGAAUAUUGCAAACAAUAAUCAAAACUAUUAAUAGCUAAUUGACAUUAAUAUUAAAAUACCUACUUUAAUAUACAAAUAACAUGUUAUAGGUGAUGACGGAAAAGAAUACUCCUUCUUACUCAAAGGACAUGAAGAUCCGAGACAAGACGAAAGGAUCAUGCAGUUGUUUGGACUGAUCAACUCACUUAUCAUCCGGGAUGCCGAUACAAGUCGUAGGAACCUCAGCAUUCAAGUAAGUGUUAGCAUUGUUACAGUAACUUAAAUUACAGAGGUACUCGAUCAUUGCUUUGAGUCAGAGCAGUGGACUGAUAGGGUGGGUACCUAAUUGUGAUACUCUCCAUGCGUUGAUAAGAGAUUACCGAGAGAAACACCAUAUCACCAUCUCAGAAGAACACACUAGAAUGCAGAAGUUGGUCAUCGACAUCGAGAAGCUGACUCUGAUGCAGAAGGUGGAAGUGUUCGACGAAGCUCUGCGCAGCACUAGUGGUGACGAUCUCAGACAGACCUUGUGGAUGAAAUCACCAAAGUAAGAGUUCUUUCUUUCAAUAUUUACAUCAAAGUGUCUCACAAAGUUAGUUAAGUAAUGUAAAACUAUGUUUAUUUGUAGCUCUGAAGUCUGGUUUGAUCGCCGAACGAACUACACAAGAUCAAUGGCCUGUAUGUCCAUGGUAGGAUAUAUUCUGGGCUUGGGAGACAGGUAAGUGUAAUAUCAGAAAACAAGACUUUUUCAGACAUCCUUCCAAUCUGAUGCUGGAUCGAUUGAGCGGCAAGAUAGUGCACAUUGACUUUGGAGAUUGCUUCGAAGUUGCUAUGAAGCGUGUCAAAUACCCAGAGAAAAUCCCAUUCCGACUGACCAGAAUGCUUGUUAAGGUAAAUACAACAAAUACAGAAAGUGUGAAUUAAACUAAAAAAUAAUUUUAUCUCUAAAAACUGACAUUUCAGGCGAUGGAGGUAACCGGAAUUGAAGGAAACUUCCGAUUAACUUGCGAAAAAGUCCUCAACUUACUACGAAACAACAACGACAGUAUCCUGGCCGUCUUAGAAGCCUUCGUAUACGAUCCUGUAAUGAACUGGAGAUUGACCGAAGCCUCGAACCGGAGAGACAAUGCCUAUUUGGACGGCGCUGAAGAGAAGCAGACUCUCACUGGCAGUCAUUCAGAAGCCAUCAGCCGAGUCAAAGCCAAGCUAUCUGGCAGAGACUUCAACGCCUACGAAGAGAUACCAGUGUCCGAACAAGUCAGUAGACUAAUCGAACAAGCCACGCUCUAUGACAACCUGUGCCAAUGUUAUAUUGGCUGGUGCCCGUUCUGGUAA